AUGGAAGCUUCGGAAGUGGAGUUUGCCGCAGAUUCCGGUGCAGAGCUGGACGGGCCUGAGGGUGAGGGCGAGGGAGCGGAGACGGACGAUCAGAAUCCGUACUGCUUUUGCAGAAAACCGAGCUGGGGGGAGAUGAUUGGGUGUGAAGAUGAUGAUUGUGAUUUCCAAUGGUUCCAUAUCGGAUGCGUGAAUGUCUCCGACCCGGAUAUGUUCGAUAAGUGGUACUGCGAGACAUGCCAGAAGCGUACAGGGAAAAAGCCGAUCCUCAAGGGUCAAGGAGGCAAGGGGAACGGCCCGACGGGGGGGAGCAAGAAGAGUUCUGCUGGCGGGAUGGGGACAAACGGGAUGCCUGCUGGAGCGGCUGGUCCCGGGAACGGCAUGGGGACCGGACUUGGGAAUGGGAUGAGCAACGGCGGGAAUGGGAAUAGGAAUGCGGCCAAGUCGAGGAAUGGGAGGAAGUAG